AAUUUGGCAGUCAGUGCAUUCACACCGGGACGACAAGCUGACUUGGGACUCUGCGCUCCUGGUCCGUCAAUUCAGACGUAUCACGUUGUUAGCUCUGCAACAUCGUGGUGUUGAAUCGCGCUCACGUUUAGCACUGCGUUCAGCAGGGUGUAUAAUAGUGCUGCGGUCAAGUGUACUGCUAUUAUCACGCUGUCUAUCAUCCCGAUCGAUAUUGAUUCACGUUCGUGUGCGCAGUGCCUGAGUUUCAUCAGUUUAUCGUUGAUCGCCAAUCUGUCCGGCUGCACCAUGGACAAAGGGCAGCAACCAUCGUUGUGGGCAUGGGCGAGACAUUCAGCUCUGCUAGUUGCCACCAUCGUCGUGAUUUUCGCAGCGUUUAGCAACAGUCUAACUUGGUAUUUGCAGCAACUUUGGGGAGCUUCGGGAGACUUUUGGCAAUCGCUAUGGAAUCGAUUCCUCGAUCGAUUCGGAGACGACGAAUUCGGCCUUUUUGUUUACGGAACGACUAUUCUAACCAUGGGCCUUUAUUGGGGUGUUGGCUCUAUCUACGUCAUGAUGGAUUAUUUUAAUUUACCCAAAUGGAUUCGUAAAUACAAAGUCCAGCUUGGUACCAACGAACCCGUCGACCGAAAGCGGCUCAUCACGGCUGUUGGUCAUGUGUUGUUUAAUCAAAUAUUUGUCGGCAUUCCGUUCGCCGCCUUUGGAUAUUGGAUGAUGAAAAAACCUUUAGCGCCAUUCCGUGAGCUGCCAAAUUUCAGCCGUGUGCUACUAGAGUUGGCCGUUUUUAUCGUCGUUGAAGAAAUUGUCUUUUAUUAUUCACACAGGUUUUUACAUCACAGACGGCUGUACAAAUACAUCCACAAGAAGCAUCACGAGUGGACUGCACCCAUCGCUGUAACUGCUAUUUACUGCCAUCCACUUGAGCACCUCUUGUCUAACAUUGUGCCUCCAGCUCUGGGCACAAUCAUCAUGAGCUCGCACAUUUCCACAUGUUGGCUUUGGUAUUCUAUGGCCAUCCUUAGGACGUUGAAUGAUCACUCGGGCUAUCAUUUGCCCUUUUUCCCGUCGCCAGAGGCACACGAUUUUCAUCAUCUGAAGUUCAAUGAAUGUUACGGCUUUCUCGGUAUUCUUGACUACCUUCACGGAACCGACACAUUAUUUCGUUCCUCGCCUCCUUUCAAGCGUCAUAUUGUGUCCUUAGCCAUAAAACCGCUUCGUAUACAGUUCCCCGAUGAGCCCAAAAGUAAAAAAAACCUGAAUGACAAGUACAGCGAAUAACGAGAUCAUUUGGGCUAUAUAGCGAGCUCGUUCGAUCCCGUCAAACACUACAGCUGUUUCGUUUUUUUCGUAUACAUUUUAAAUAUAUCUGAAUGAGUUUA